AAGGCGGCUUGGUGGCAAUUAUGUUUACCAAAACACUGAAUCACAACAUUUCAUUGCAAAUGAACAACUUAAAUACACUAAACAUCAAAGAUUAAUGACACAUGACAGUGUAACAGUCUUCAAGGAUGGGAUUUUCCUUUAGUCUUAUAUCUUUGUUCGCAGCAUUGUUUAGCAGGGUAGCCUGGAUCACCUGCUGCAGCCCUGAGGUCAGAGAUCCAUGGGGACCAGGAGGGUGCUGGUGACCGGGUGCUCCUCCGGCAUUGGCCUGGCAGUGGCUGUCCGGCUGGCCAAGGACGAGCUGAAACGCUUCAAAGUGGUGGCCACCAUGAGGGACCUGGACAAACGGGAGCGCUUGGAGAAAGCAGCAGGCGACUCCCUCAACAAAACCCUGGAGAUCAAACAGCUGGACGCCUGCAGUGAGGACUCCAUCAGAGAGUGUGUCAACAGCCUGCCAGACAGACGGGUUGAUGUACUCGUGAACAAUGCGGGCGUGGGCAUGAUUGGGCCGCUGGAGUGCCAGAGUAUAGCUGCCAUGCAGGAGCUGUUCGACACUAACUUCUUUGGCCUGGCACGGCUGGUGAAAGAAGUGCUGCCGGACAUGAAGCGGCGGCAGAGUGGCCAUAUUGUGGUGAUGAGCAGUGUCAUGGGCAUACAGGGGCUUCUGUUCAAUGAUGCCUACUCUGCUUCCAAAUUCGCUGUGGAAGGAUUUUGUGAAAGUCUGGCAGUACAAGCAAUGAAGUUUAACAUCAAGAUGACUCUAGUGGAACCUGGCCCUGUGGUGACAGAGUUUGAAAAUAAAGUUUAUGAGAGUGCUGCGAAGAUGGACCUAUCAGGGACGGAUGCGGAGACUGCCAGAAUCUUCCACGAGAUUUAUCUGCCGUACUCCAGAAAGGUCUUCACCUCAUUAGGCCAGACACCCGAGGAAGUGGCCGAGCAAACGCUAAAAGUGAUCACAGCCAAGGCGCCUCCUCUCCGCCACCAGACCAACCGCCUCUACAUGCCCUUGACUGCACUGAAACAUGCAGAUCCCACUGGGCGUCUGCCUCUGGACACCUUCUACAAGAUGAUAUUCAAACAUGACAGUGUGUUCAAUGCUACACUUGGGCUGCUGCGCAUGCUGCAGAAGAGGGCUGGGAAGAGUUAAAGAUGUGAUCGACAGGUUAUUCUGACGGCAAACCUUCAGUCUGCUGCAGUUUGGAAAGAGAGGGAAGCACAGCAGUGGGUGAUUCAUUCUGGUAGCUGUAACUCUAUAGAUGAGAGUUGUUGAGACCAAUGUGACUGUAAUGACUGAACUCCUUAGCAUUUAGUCAAUUUUUGGCACAAAAUGUGAGAGAUAAAGUACGUCUUCAUGUACUGUAAAAACGCACAAUAUAUUAUGCAGUAUUUCUCAAGCAUACAAUCCAUCUUUCUAUUACUGCCCAUGUUUUUGUGAGUGCCUGUGAAUGAACCAGGUGUGGUAGUGAUCAUUAAUGUCAUGAUCUGUCAGCUGUUUCCGGCUGCAAUAUGGAAUGAAAUACAGAGAGCAGCCCCAUGGUUAGAAAAACAAACAAAAACAGAUAGAUGUGGCUCGUAAUGACAUGCCAUCCCUUAAAUUUACAUGUAGAAGCUAUAUUAAAAAAUACGAUGGGGUGAAUAUCGGUUGAGAGGGGACCCCAAAUAAGAUUUGCAAAUAGAUGAGGGAAAAAAUGGUAAAUUAAAAUUGAUGGAGAGUCAGAUGUGCAUUAAAGAUUUAUUUUCAAAUGGGCUUAACAGUAAAUGGAAAGGAUAAAGCUGUUCUCAUAGCAUAUAAUAGAUUAGCAGUGCACCCGGUCGUUCGAUAAUGAAUGUAAUGUAAUGCCCAAACCCCUAUUUAUAGUGAAGAUGAGACCUUGCACCAUUUUCUGUUUCAAUGCUAUGGGUCUGUGGAUGUAUGGUUAAAAUGAAGGUAAUGAAUCUUGAUUGAUAUUAAUAAGAAGACAUGUAGAUAUGACAUUUUUCAAGGAAAUUUAUCAGUGCAAGAAGAUUUGUUUUGGUUGGUUAUAAAUGUGGUAUCUAAGUUGUGGAAAACAAGAUGUCAUGUGUCUUUUAGCUCAACUCAAAUGGUAUCUAGGGAAACACUGGUAAAACAGAUGACAAUUAUUCUUUAAAGAGCACAAACUGUUGAUCAUAAAAAAAAAAGAAGAAUGUACCAUGGUGUGUUUGAAGUGUUGAUUUAACAGAGUAGACUGGACAGAGUGAGACUAGAUGGGUGCAUGUAGCAUUGAAAGUAAUGGCCAAUGAUAAUGUUUAGAAAAUAUGGUAUUUAAAAUGUGAAAAUUUCAAUUUAUUGAUUUUAGAUAGAUUAAAAUAUAGAUACAUAGAUGACUAGUAUGGUGAAUAUACGAGAGAGCUUACCAAAAAAAAAAAAAAAAAAAAACCCUGCAGUCAAAAUGCAUAACUUUUGUGAGCUUCUGGAAUAUGGAAUACAUUGAGUA